AUGGUCUUUGACAAGAUGGUCUUUGACAAGAUGGUCUUCAACAAGCUCGUCCCAUUAUUUGGAGUGUUCUGUUUUGUGGUGAUCGUUCAAUGCUCGAAUGAGGGAUCAAAUUCUGAUCGAGUUGAUCGUCUCGGUGCUCCACUUCCAUUCAAUGAACAAAUUGGUGAUCAAUCGAAUGCAAAUGGUGUCAUGCCUUUCAGUAUUUGUUCGUGUGGAUGGGGUGCUUGUGUGCCGGCUCCUGGAUACACAGGCAGUUGGACCUGCGGUGAUGGAUAUGCCUAUCAUUGUUGUGGAGGAAAA